AUGAAGAAACCUUCUCCUUCAGAGUUACGAGGGAAUAGAUGGUUUGAUAUCGAACAAAACGUUCGGGAACACACAUGUUUGGAGUGCCUCCCUUUAAAUUGUUUAGUUUCAGGAAUCCGGACGGUGACACUUCUGAGUCAUUCGGACGACAUAGAAGAGACAGACGGGUUGGUGUUGCGAGUUGCAGAAGCCACGAAUCGCUUACUACUGAGAGAAGCUGAGCUGUUGGCAGCAACGAGCAGAAAUGUAUCGACGGGAACAGCGUUUAAUCCGCAAAUACCUACGUUUGUCGGCUUGCAAGAAGAGCGGGAGGCAUUCGAAGCAGGAAAGCCAAGUAUUAUAAUGAAAAACAGAACAAUUCGUGUCAAACCCUCACAAGAUUCAAAUGGGUUCUUCAUAGCAACGUUGCACAAAGAGCAAAUACUGCUCAAAUCCGGAGAUGAUCUGAGAUCGGAUAUCGAGCAACCGGGAAAAGGAAGCAAAGAUAUCAAGGGAAAAGGAAAAGCCAAAAAAC